AUGGGAUAUGACAAGGAGCAUAAAGGCUGGAAGCUUUUAUCCCCAAAUCACAAUCCCAGCAUAUUCUGGAGCAAUUCAGUUAGGUUCCUGGAGGACCAAUGCUGGGAAGACAGGACUGAUGCAAUGCCAAUUAAAGAAACUGAUGCCAUUUUCUACAACGAUGCUGCUGACAUUGAAGAUCUUUCAUACUCCAAAGAGGAUGAAUUCAACAAAGAACUUUCCCAACCCCUGGACAACAUUUACCACCCCCCCUCCAAAGAGGAUCUGGUGCUCGAGGGGGACCCUUUUUCACCUGAACCAUCACCAAAGGACUCAGAGCACUACAAGUUAUCAACAGUCCCAGACAUUUCCUCCCCAGAGCCCUCUGAAAUAUCAAUAACCCCAACAGGACAAGCUUCAGACAGAAUGACAAAUUUUGAGCACCAACCCUCUUGCAAAGUCUCACCCAUGCUGGACCCAAAGACCCUCUCAAAACAUAUUGCUGAACAAUACUUAGAUUCAAGCAAAGCACUGAGGCAACACCAAAACUAUUUCAACCAAUUCCACAGUGCAUGGGAAUUAUGA